CUUCUUUUCUUUGGAGAGCUAACGAUUAGUAAUGUCUGCCAUGCGUUCUCUUUAUUCGCUAUCCAAGGCCACUCGUCCUCUUGCUUCUCGCUUAUCACCAGCUCUUUUUCUGGGUGCAACUCGUUCUUAUGGCUCACAAGCAAACAGCUUAAAAGAACGUCUUCAUGAAUUGAUUCCAGAGAAACAAAAGGAAGUCAAGGCUUUCAAGAAAGAGUACGGCAACAAGGUACUGGGUGAAGUCACUGUAGAUCAGGCUUAUGGCGGUAUGCGCGGCAUCAAGGGCCUGAUCUGGGAAGGUUCUGUGCUGGACUCUGAGGAGGGUAUCCGUUUCCGUGGCCUGACUAUCCCCGAAUGCCAACAAGUCUUACCGGCCGCACAGGACGAUGGCGGCUCUGAACCUCUUCCAGAAUCCCUGUUCUGGCUGCUGGUCACCGGAGAAGUUCCGACACACGAGCAGGUUAAGGGUCUGUCGGCCGAAUGGGCUGCUCGUUCUGACAUUCCUCAGUUCGUCGAAGAUAUCCUCGACAGCUGCCCAAAAACCCUCCACCCGAUGUCCCAGUUCUCACUGGCCGUCAAUGCUCUGCAGCACGACUCUCACUUUGCCAAGGCCUAUUCGCAAGGAAUCCACAAGUCCAAAUACUGGGAACCUACUUACGAGGACACCAUGGAUCUCAUCGCAAAAUUACCCAACAUCGCAGCUCGCAUCUACCGCAACGUCUAUAUCGGUGGCAAGUUGCCUGCAAUCGAACCAAACAAGGACUAUUCAUACAACUUUUCGAAGCUCUUGGGAUUUGAGACCAAUAGUGAUUUUGUUGAAUUGAUGCGCCUUUAUCUAACCAUCCAUUCAGAUCACGAGGGUGGAAAUGUCUCGGCCCACACUACUCACCUGGUUGGUUCUGCUCUGUCUGAUCCCUACCUGUCAUUUGCAGCUGGUUUGAAUGGUCUGGCUGGUCCUCUUCAUGGUUUGGCUAACCAGGAAGUUCUUCGCUGGACACUAAAGCUCAAGGACACUAUUGGCGUGGAUGCGACUGAAGAAGACAUCAAAAAGUAUCUCUGGGAGACUCUGAACGGAGGACAGGUGGUGCCUGGUUAUGGCCAUGCUGUACUUCGCAAGACUGAUCCUCGUUAUACUGCCCAGCGUGAAUUUGCUCUCAAGCAUUUACCUCACGAUCCUCUAUUUGGCCUUGUCUCCAAGCUAUACAGCAUUAUUCCUGCUGUAUUGACUGAACAUGGCAAGACCAAGAACCCUUGGCCUAAUGUUGAUGCCCACUCUGGAGUUUUGCUCCAAUACUAUGGUCUAAAGGAACAGGACUAUUACACAGUCUUGUUUGGUGUUUCUCGUGCCUUGGGAGUCACUGCGCAGUUAAUCUGGGAUCGUGCACUUGGUAUGCCUCUUGAACGACCAAAGUCCUUUAGCACUGCUUACCUCAAGAAUAUGUUUGGUGCAAAAUAAUAUUUUUAUACUUGUGAUUACUAUUGUUUUGCUUGGAUGAUAUGUGAAUAUAAAAUAAUAUAAUAUAAUAUAAUAUUUUAUUUGAUUUUAUCAUCCUUUUUUUUUCGCAA